GUACUCCAAUGCAGAGUCUCUUUUUGUACCUCUUGCUUGCCGUAGUUGCUAUAGUCCAAAAUGGCAGCAUCCUUGAGGACGUUUUGUACCGCAGUGUCGAGGCAGUCUAUACGCCCAUUUUCAUCGUCGUGUGUGACCCUCGCGGGAAAGAAGUGGAGACUGGAAAAUGGUUUAGCACGUAGUGGAUCAGAAUAUGGGCCAUUAACAGAUCUGCCUGACUGGUCAUAUGCAGAUGGAAGGCCUGCACCUCCAUUGAAGGGGCAGAUCCGCAGACAAAAGCAAAGAGAGGAGUUUGCUAGAAGAGCAGUGUAUCUCAGUGCAGAGGUGGAUGAAGGGAUGAAGCAAUGGCAGGAGAAGAAGGAAGAGGAGAAAGAGAAAGAACAGCAUGUGAAAUCCUUAUUGCUAAAACCUAAAGGAAAUUUAUUAAAGAACAAAAAAUAAAGAUACUUCAGGAC